UGCUUUUGGUGUUUGGAGGCCUGAGGGAAUCGAUGCCUAAAGGCCAACUUGAAAUUUUGCCAUCUUCCUUCCAAGCCCCCUUGGAAACUUUGCCUUGCCACCUUCCCAUGAUGGACUUUGUGAUUCAUCGGAGAUAAGUCUCAGCACCAGCAUCGCGAUCAGAGAAUGGAGGCACUGAGAGCAACUUACGGCGACGACUCCGACUCCUCCGCCUCCCCUCCGCCUCCGCCUACGCCUGGUCUGCCCCCGCCGCCCCUCUCCCUCCUCACCCCUCCCAAUUCCCUCGAUUCCUACCCAACCGGCCAGCCGAGUCGAGUCCGGACCUUCCCUCACGUCGAAGGCAAUUUCGCCCUCCACGUUUAUAUACCCGUUCAUAUAUCGGGUCCGCAAAGAAAGGAAGUAGCCCUCUUCUUGAAGAAAGUCGCAUCUGUGGUGCCUGGUCUUUUCGUGGUCGAUGCAGACGUGCCCCUUGAGUUUCUGUGCCGAGAUGAUCAGAAGCUCGAACAAGUUGCUGUGGGGAGGGAAUUCCACAUCAGUCUGGGCAGGACUGUGCCCAUCCGAGUCCACCAGAUCGACUCUAUGGUUUCCAUGCUUCGCCAGAAGCUCCAGUUUCACAAACCGUAUUGGAUCGAUUUUGAUAAAUGGGAAGUGUUCGUCAACGAUGACAGCACAAGAUCUUUCCUUUCGCUCGAAGUCAUGAGCCGAGGAUUAGCUGAGAUUACAAAGCAAAUACAAUUGGUCAAUGACGUUUAUAGGCGCCACAAUCUUCCUGAGUUUUACAAGGAUCCUCGCCCUCAUAUAUCUUUAGCUUGGGCCUUGGGCGACGUCAGCGAGUCCUUGCAGAAAGCGGUGGAAGAGAUGAAGAGGAGCGCAAGCUUUGGGACACUAUCUCCGAAAUGUAUCUUCACCACUAAAUUUAGUCGGAUCGAGUGUAGGAUCGGUCACAAAACACACAAAAUAUGUAAGCUUCCAGACGAGUGAAGCAAAUAUUGAAUCGGACAAAUUAUAUCAUGAAAAAGCAGCGCCAUGGAUUCACAGGCUGCACUAAGUAUUCCCUUCUUCCAAA